CGGUUGACGUCCACGCGAGAAGUUUUUUUUUUUGUAUUUUGUAUAAAAAUAUUAUAAAUUUAAUUAAAUUCUGUUAAUUAAACUAACCCCUGCUUAGACAUGAGUACCAUUUUGGAGAAGAUUUCGGCUAUUGAGUCGGAGAUGGCCCGUACCCAAAAGAAUAAGGCUACUUCGGCUCAUUUGGGUCUUCUGAAAGCAAAGUUGGCCAAGUUACGACGUGAACUGAUCUCACCCAAAGGCGGCGGCGGUGGAACUGGCGAGGCCGGCUUUGAGGUGGCCAAAACUGGAGAUGCUCGAGUGGGUUUUGUAGGGUUUCCCUCUGUAGGGAAGUCCACGUUAUUGUCAAAUUUGGCUGGCGUAUACUCGGAAGUGGCGGCCUAUGAGUUCACAACGCUCACCACGGUGCCUGGUUGCAUCAAGUACAAAGGAGCCAAGAUUCAACUGCUCGAUUUGCCUGGUAUCAUUGAGGGCGCUAAGGAUGGCAAAGGUCGUGGUCGUCAGGUGAUUGCGGUGGCCCGCACCUGCAAUUUAAUCUUUAUGGUGCUAGAUUGUCUGAAACCUUUGGGACACAAACGACUGCUGGAGCAUGAAUUGGAAGGAUUUGGUAUAAGAUUGAACAAGAAACCCCCAAAUAUCUACUACAAGCGCAAGGACAAGGGUGGCAUCAAUCUUAAUAGCAUGGUAACCCAAUCUGAGUUGGAUACGGAUCUGGUCAAGACGAUUUUAUCCGAGUACAAGAUACACAAUGCGGAUAUAACCUUACGUUAUGAUGCCACCAGUGAUGAUUUAAUCGAUGUCAUUGAAGGCAAUCGCAUCUAUAUUCCUUGCAUAUAUCUUCUGAACAAAAUCGAUCAAAUUUCUAUUGAGGAAUUGGAUGUGAUCUAUAAGAUACCUCAUUGUGUACCCAUUUCGGCGCAUCAUCAUUGGAAUUUCGAUGAUUUGCUGGAGAUGAUGUGGGAAUACCUAAAGCUGGUCCGAAUUUAUACAAAGCCGAAAGGACAAUUACCGGAUUACAGUUCGCCCGUGGUGCUGCAUAACGAGAGAACUAGCAUUGAGGACUUCUGUAACAAACUGCAUCGAUCCAUAGCCAAGGAGUUUAAAUACGCCUUGGUCUGGGGUUCUUCGGUGAAGCAUCAACCGCAAAAAGUGGGCAUUGAGCACAUACUCAACGAUGAAGAUGUGGUGCAGAUUGUGAAAAAGGUUUAAAACUGAAUGGAAUCCGAAUUGUAAUUGUGUUUUUGCAUUUGAUUUUGAGAAUUAUAAAUUUUGGCUGGUUAAA